CACCGCCGCCUGGGCCCACGCCCCGCCACCACAGGCCCUAAGGACGCCGGCCCUGGACGCCUGCACGCUGGAGCCGAGCGGGAGGGCGUGAGCGCGCCGGGCCGGGAACCCGGGCAGCGGAGCAGCAGGGCAGCAGGGCAGCCGCGCCGCGCCGGGGGUGGGUCCCUUCUCCUGAGCUCUGUGUGGAAGGAGAGGGCGGGACCGGCGCGGGGCGGAGAGCGAGGAGAGGGGCAUGACUGGUGCUACUGGCGGCGGGCAUCUGCCGAGCCUCUGAGCUGCCGGCGGCCGAGGCCUGGAUUGCGCCGCGCCGAGCGCUCCCCGCGCGCCCGCCCCCGGCCACCGCCGCGGCGGACCUGGAUCCUCGGAGCGCGCCGGCUGGCCCUGAUCACCUUCGUCUUCCGGCCGGUUUCUGGGGCGAGGAGCGCUCUCCUCGCCGGACCUCCGGGCCCCGAUGGCUCCGCGAGGGCUUGCGGACGAGGCUGGACGCUGGUGGGGACUCGCUCUCGGCUUGGCCGCCUUCUUCCUCCCAGGUGCCCAUGCCCAGAUGGUGCAGGUGAACGACUCCAUGUACGGGUUCGUCGGCACUGACGUGGUGCUGCACUGCAACUUCGCCAACCCGCUGCCCAGCGUGAAGAUCACCCAGGUCACCUGGCAGAAGGCGACCAACGGCUCCAAGCAGAACGUGGCCAUCUACAACCCGGCCAUGGGCGUCUCGGUGCUGGCCCCCUACCGCGACCGCGUGCAGUUCCUGCGGCCUUCCUUCACCGACGGCACCAUCCGCCUCUCCCGCCUCGAGCUGGACGACGAGGGCGUCUACAUCUGCGAGUUUGCCACCUUCCCUGCGGGCAACCGAGAGAGCCAGCUCAACCUGACCGUGAUGGCCAAACCCACCAACUGGAUCGAGAGCAGCCAGGCAGCGCUCCGUGCAGAGAAGGGGCGGGACGAGAAGGUCCUGGUGGCCACCUGCACCUCGGCCAACGGGAAGCCGCCUGGCGUGCUGUCCUGGGAAACGCGGCUGAAGGGGGAGGCUGAGUACCAGGAGGUCCGGAACCCCAACGGCACGGUCACCGUUGUCAGCCGCUACCGCCUGGUGCCCGGCCGGGAGGCCCACCUGCAGCCCCUGGCCUGCGUCGUCAACUACCACCUGGACCGCUUCCGGGAAAGCAUCACCGUCCACGUGCAGUAUGAGCCUGAGGUGACCAUCGAAGGGUUUGAUGGGAAUUGGUACCUGCAGCGGAUGGAUGUGAAGCUCACCUGCAAAGCCGACGCUAACCCCCCGGCCACCGAGUACCACUGGACCACGCUGAACGGCUCUCUGCCCAGGGGCGUGGAGGCCCAGAACACAACCCUCUUCUUCAGGGGUCCUAUCGACUACAGCCUGACGGGGACCUACGUCUGCGAGGCCACCAACCCCAUCGGCACCCGCUCGGGCCAGGUGGAGGUCAACAUCACAGAAUUCCCCUACACCCCGUCGCCUUCGGAGCACGGGCGGCGGGCCGGGCCGGUGCCCACGGCCAUCAUCGGGGGCGUGGCGGGGAGCGUGCUGCUGCUGCUGCUGGUGGUCGGGGGCACGGUGCUGGCCCUGCGCCGGCGCCGCCACACCUUCAAGGGCGACUACAGCACCAAGAAGCACGUGUACGGCAACGGCUACAGCAAGGCGGGCGUCCCCCAGCACCACCCGCCGCUGGGCCAGAGCCUGCAGUACCCCGACGACUCGGACGACGAGAAGAAGGCCGGCCCGCUGGGGGGCAGCAGCUACGAAGAGGAGGAGGAGGAGGAGGGCGGCGGGGGGCGCGAGUGCAAGGUGGGGGGCACGCACCCCAAGUACGACGAGGACGCCAAGCGGCCCUACUUCACGGUGGACGAGGCCCAGGCCUGUCAGGACGGCUACGGGGACCGGACCCUGGGCUACCAGUACGACCCCGAGCAGCUGGACUUGGCCGACAACAUGGUUUCUCAGAACGAUGGGUCUUUCAUUUCCAAGAAGGAGUGGUACGUGUAGUCCCUCCCAGAGCUCCGUCUGCGCCCUCCGCCCGCACGUCCCGCCUCCUCCCCAGCGACCCUCCCGGACUCCCAGGGACGGCCCACACGCCCUCCGGAGAGGAGAGCCGGGGCCUGGGCAGAGCCCUGGUUCUGAUCCCCGGUCCCAUCCUCCCCGCGUGUCCUCUCUGUGGCUUGGAUGUUGCUGCGCCUCCUCUGCCUGGCGGUGCCCUGCGCUGGUCUCAUCUCGUGCACCUGGGCACCCAGCCCUCCAGAGCCCGGGAGCCCCCUCCCCACCCAACACUGGAAUGUCUGUUCUCCACUGGGGAGCAGGCCGGAGGGCCUCCCUGAGGAGGAGCCUCCCCCACAUGCUGCUCCCCGUUCCCACGGAGAGGGCACCCGGCCCGUGCGAGUGGACGCGGCCGGCGUUGGAGCCGGUCUAGACCCGAGAGGCAGGGGCGCGCCCAGGGCGCCGUGAGGCUGUUACAUAGACCGGAGGCCCCUGGGCCAUGGGCAGCGUGCUCUCCGGGGAGGCUGGUGGCGUAUGCCCUCCUCGUCCUGCAGAGGGAUGUCCCACACGACCCUCCUUGCCACCUCAGUCUGUCCCCACAGAGGGGCCGCACCCCCACUCACCUCUGCCGACACAGACACCCGCCACCCGCGUCUGCUCCCGCACCCCUGGGUCACAGGCCUCCUCCCCUUCCACCCGGGCUUCCCCAGGACCUCGGGCUGGCCCUAAACCGCUCCUUACAGCACCGAGCCUCUCGGAUCUCCUUACCUAGCGAGUCCCAGCAACGCGUUUCCUUGGGGUCAGGGUUGGGGCCCUGAGUGAGAGGUGAGCGGCACCCCUGUGGAGGGGCACGGCCUGGGGGGAGGGAGCCAUGCGGGAGGAGCUCAGACUUGGGUCGCGCCUCACCCACUGAGGCCAGAAAGUGCGAGGGGACGCGGGAGCCGGGGAUACUGAGUCCGAAGCUCCUGCUCCCCACACCACUUCCUGCUCAGCUGUCCCUGGGCAUCUGGGAGAAGCUGUCCCUUUGAGCUGCAUGUUCCGCGUGCAUAGGCCCGAGUUCCUGUCAGUCACCCACCCCAGUCUCCACAGAGGAGCAAGGCCCGCCCCGCCCCUUGGUCCCUCCUCAAAGUGCCUCAGGCCCUCCCUCUGCCCCUCACAGCCCAGGCUCUGGAUGGGGAGACGCUGGGGUGGGGAGGCGGGGUCACACCUGCCCACUGGGGUCUGGUGAACUUGGCCCAGCUGUCAGGAGCCCUAUGGGAUGGCAAGUGCUGGGAGGAGGGGCAGAUGGCUCUGUGCCCCCCAGGUACCAGCUUGCCCUUCCUUAGGCUUCCCAAGGGAGGUUCCCCCCCCCCCCCCGCCGCCCUAUUUCUCCCCUCUCUGGUGCUGCUAUGGGACCCCUGGCCAGCUCCUGGCAACCUUGGGCCCCGCAAUUGGGCCACCCUCACCUGGCCCCCACGCCCCACCAGCCACCCAGUAGCCACGUAGCAGAGAUCUGAAGCCAUGGCAGCCCUGGGGCCACCCUCUCCUCAGCAUUGAGGGUGCUGGAUGGCAUGCAGUCGGGGAAGAAAAUUCUGGGGUCUUUCCAGCCACAGAGAAGAGG